AUGAAUACAUUCGCCCUCGAUACCCCUCGCCCAAAUGUUGCUGAGUAUCUAAGGCACGCCACCCCUCGGAACGGAUUCACAAGCAGUCAACACUACCUACCCUAUCAGCUCAGCAAUCCACUCAGUCAGAUCGUCAGCCAGUCACUCAGUCAUCCACUCAAGGAGGAGCAAGAGGAGGAACUACAACAGGCAAAUGCGGAGAACACUGCGGAGAACACUACGGAGAACACUGCGGAGAAACCAAGCGGCAACAAGGCCACCAUCGUCAAGAACACGGCUCAGCUCUCCAAGAUCCCACGUCAUAUGCUCUCCACGGUUCCACAUCAAAUCAUCACUCAGCAAGCGGAGAACACCACUGCAACUUGGCCUGUCAUCCCCACUGCAUUGAUAUGGUACAUCACUGCAAUAACGUCACAAGAGGAGGAUCUACUGCGACGAUCACAGCCAAUUAGGCCUCUACAGAAAUUCCCGUGGCCAUGA